AUGCCUACUCGUUCAUCGAGCUGUGACCUUAUUGCAGAAGCAGGAAUCAAUAAUUAUUAUAAUAACAAUAGUCCUGCGCUUAAUAAUAUUCCUACAGAAACAGAAAUUUCAAAUACCCAAAGCGGACGUUUCAAAAUUAGUGUAUGUCAUAGUAACUCACCAUCCGAUUUUGUUAAACUUUCCCAGAUGUGUACUAAAAUUUCAAAAUUCUCAUGUGAUGUCGAAGUCGCCCCUCCAAACUUAGAAGAAGAAUUCCACAGAUCUAAUACAGUAAUUCCAAAUUCUCAUAACUCAUGCAUUCAAUGUGACGAUUUAAUUCGUUUUUAA